ACUUUGACAUCUUCUCUUAUCUUUCCGUGAUGGCUAUCAACACCGAUGCCGCCUUUGGGAAAAGCGCUCUUGGCGAGAGGGAAGUUUCAAAUCCCACCGACUUCCACGACACGGAGAAGCUGUUGAGCACCGCGACCACGGAGCCUACCGGGCAGACCAACAUCAAACCGUCCGACUCCUUCUCCCUCAACAUCCGAGGCAGCGUCCGCUCCCUGGACGCGGACCAGAACGGACACAGAUCACCGCUGAAGUCGGGCUCUGUCGGGCAGUUGGCAGCCCCACCCAAGUCGGCAUCCCGGCUCAGCCUGGGCCCGCUGCCUUCCCCGGUGCCGCCCGGUUCCUUACCCUCCACUUAUCUCUGGCUGGCGGUGCUGUCCUGCUUCUGUCCCGCGCUGCCGUUAAACAUGUGUGCCUUGUGGUAUGCAAACGUGUCGAGGUCUGUUCUCCACACAGGAGAUAUUGAAGGAGCAAGGAAAUACGGGCGUCUGUCUAUGCUGCUCAGCUGCCUGGCAAUUCUGCUGGGUGUGGCUGUCAUCAUAUUCAUAGUGUUUACAAUAGAGCUCCAGCAGUGAUGUGUGGGACCGAGGGAGCCACAGCACACACUCCCUUUGACUUCACCUGGUCCCAAAUAUGUACACAAGAGAGAGAGAGAGAGAGCGGGGGAAGAGGAGGGUUAUCAUUUUGAAAAGAAGGAGAGAAGAAAAGCACACCAACUGAGUAGAAAACAAGCUAAAGAGACUCUUAACUUGUUGCUUUUUCUGCUGUGGACAACAAAACGGGGAAAGAAACCGCAGGCUGUUUCUCUUUCUCUGGCAACACUCAUGUCCAUUUACCGCACAAACUCAGGAACAAACGAAAAGAAGGUGAAGACUGCGCACAGUCAUCGUUGCCCGAUCACCAGACAGGGAGGACGUGUAGCUACUGGUCGCCCAAACUAGUAGUGCACUGACGCACACUGCUGUCUGACACCCAGAUGAUUGAAUGGCUUCACACUUCCAUUAUCAGAACAUCAACAACAACAACAAAAUAAGUCAAUUGAUGCAAAGCUGACUUAAAAAAAUGUAUCUUAGAAAAAAGCCCAAAAACCACAACAUAUGGAACGGGAGUGAAGACUGUUAAAUAAAUCCUCUGUAGUGCAGCCACUGUCUGUCUCCACAUUUGAAUCUCUUUGUGUUCGGUAUGUCAUUUUUUUUUGGCUCUUAGAAAAAAAAACAAAAAAAAAACUGAUUUCAUACACUGUUUACAUCAAGUUUAAAAAAAAAAACAAACAAACACAUGUACACAAAUAUGCCGUACUGCAGCCACUGUGUGAUAUCUCGCUUUGCGUGCUACUAUGAUAAAAAUGAACAGAUGAACCUGUUUGGACUGAACUGCCUGGAUCUUUACACCUCGUUAUGUUUACAAUAUUACUGCAAGACAAUGAGAGGGGAGGAGGAGGAGGGGGGGGUUGUCUCAUUCCCCACUGUAUGCACUGUUCCUGGCACUCUGAUGUUGAUGUUUAUACAUUUAUACUGUAUGACUGGUUUACUGUGCCAUAGUUCUGCAUGUCUGAAAUAAACUUGAAUGAGCAUGACAAACUUGAA